AUUCUAACUGAAACAACCGGAUAUUGUCAACCAGAUUAAUCUAACGGCUGAAACUCCAUCUAAUAAUCACACGCGCACAUAUAAACACCGACUUCUGAUCAGAUUUUUUCACAGCCCAACUAACUCAAAAGAACUCCCGCCAAAUUCAACAAAACAAACAAUGGCAAAUCUCUCACCUGUUCUCCUGCUCAUCACACUUUUGCUUCUCCCUUCAAUCACCACCGCACAUCUCACCAGCCACGAACUCUCUCACGCAAUUUCCGCUCUCCGAUCCCACGGCUACACACUUUUCACAAACGCCAUCACCGCAUUCGAUCUGCAGAAUCGCCUCGUCUCCUCUCGGAAUUUCACUUUCACCCUCUUCUCUCCGCCGGACUCUCUCAUCUCCGCUCUCGAUCUCUCCUCCCGCUCCCUCCUCUACCACGUGUCGCCUCUUAAACUCGCCACGUCGCAUCUCCGAAAGUUGAGCUCCAGCGGAGCCUCCUAUGUCGACACACUCCUUCCUAGACGUCGAAUUGUCAUCGGAAACACUCAGGUUGUUCUGAACGACACUGUCUUGGAUUCUGUUACGGUUGACGGAGUGAUGCUUAAAGUUCCGGAUCUUUUCGUCGGCUCAGGUGUAGCGGUGCAUGGACUCGACGGGAUUCUUGUUUCUGGAUUCGAUUCCGAGGAUGAUGAAGAGGAUUACGCUGGUGAUCAUCUCCUACAGGUUGUGUCGCCGCCGGCGAGUUGCUCUAACCAAGAGAUUCCGACUCCAUCAGUACCGAUGAUAAAAGUGAAACAUGUCUCGAGUUCAAACAAUCGAAGGAAUCCAAGAGGAUCUCACCGUGAUAGCGGUAAAACUGGUCAUGGAAAGUUUUCGAAGUUCAAUAAUCAGUUUGGUCUAUGAUUUUCUCAGUUUAAUUGGUGUUUGUUUUCUAAGAAAAUAGAACGACAAAAUAAGAGAAAGCUCAGGAUUCUUUCUCAGUUUACUUGCUUAUUUCCUCAGGAACCAAACAGAGAAGUUGUAGAGAAUGAAAGGGCUCAGAUGUAAUGCAUAACAGAAAUUCUCAGUUGUAAAUGAGCUUCAUCGUGUUUCUAAUUGAUUAGUUCUGUUAGCUUCCUGAGAAAGUAAAAGAAAAUGUUCUUGUGUUUUUUCUCAGGAACCAGACAGAGAAUUUGUAGAGCAUGUGCUUGUUUUAGAUGUAUUUCACAACCAAAAGUUUAAACGAGCUUCA